AUGUCCCACGGCAUGGACCUCCCGAAGAAGCGGCUCGACGGCGACGACAUCGACGACGACGGCCGGCCGCGGCGCACGGGCACGGCGUGGACGGCGAGCGCGCACAUCAUCACCACGGUGCUGGGGUCCGGCGUGCUGUCCCUGGCGUGGGGCGUGGCGCAGCUGGGCUGGGUGGGCGGCCCCGCCGUGAUGACGCUGUUCGCCGCCGUCAUCUACUACACCUCCACGCUGCUGGCCGACUGCUACCGCUCCGGCGACCCCGUGUCCGGCCCGCGCAACCGCACCUACAUGGCCGCCGUCCGCUCCACCCUCGGCGGCUCCAAGGUGAAGCUCUGCGGCGCUAUCCAGUUCGCCAACCUCUUCGGCAUCGGCAUCGGCAUCACCAUCGCCGCCGCCGCCAGCAUGCGCGCGAUCAAGAGGGCGGGUUGCUUCCACGAGGAAGGGCACCAGAGCGAGUGCCGCAGCCCCAUCGCCCCGUACAUUGCCAUCUACGGCAUCAUGGAGAUCGCCUUCUCGCAGAUCCCCGGCCUGGACAGCAUGUCCUGGCUCUCCACACUCGCCACCGUCAUGUCCUUCACCUACUCCUCCAUCGGAAUCGGCCUCGGCGUCGCGCAGAUUAUAGCCAACGGGGGAAUCCAGGGCACCAUCACCGGCGUCGCUGUCGGCAUCAGCGCCGCCGGCACCAGUGUCACGGCGAUGCAGAAACUCUGGCGCGGUCUUCAGGCGUUCGGGAACAUGGCUUUCGCCUACGGCUUCUCCAUCGUCCUGCUCGAGAUCCAGGACACGCUGAAGGCGGCGUCGCCGUCAGAGGCGAAGGUGAUGAAGAAGGCGACGGCGGUGAGCGUGGCGGCGACGACGGUGAUCUACCUCCUCUGCGGCUGCGUCGGGUACGCGGCCUUCGGCGACGGCGUCAAGGACAACCUCCUCACGGGCUUCGGCUUCUACGAGCCCUUCUGGCUGCUGGACGUGGCCAACGCCUGCGUCGCCGUCCACCUCGUCGGCACGUACCAGGUCAUCACGCAGCCCAUCUUCGCCUACGUCGAGCUCCGCGCCGCCGCGGCCUGGCCCGACAGCGCCUUCGUGGCCACCAAGGAGGUCACGCUCUGGCCCACGCGCCUCCGCGUCGCCGUCUGCCCGCUCCGCCUCACCUGGCGCACGGCGUACGUGUGCGUCACCACCGCCGUGUCCAUGUCCAUGCCAUUCUUCGGCUCCGUGGUGGGGCUCAUCGGCGCCAUCUCCUUCUGGCCGCUCACUGUCUACUUCCCCAUCGAGAUGUACAUGGCGCAGCACCGGCUGCCGCGGGGCAGCACCAAGUGGCUCUUCCUCCAGGCGCUCAGCGCCGUGUGCCUCAUCGUGUCCGUCGCGGCCGCCGCGGGAUCCGUCGCUGACGUGGUCGCCGAGUUCAGGCACCACAACCCGUUCAGCCGGUAGUGCUGACUGCAUGCUGACCGAAUGAAUUUCUUCCGACAGUGUAGUGCUUGCCUCGUUUACUGAACCAAAGACUGUAGGCUGAAAACCUCUUUUACAGUACAAAUACUUUGUGAUCAGAUGCAACGUCGAGUGCAUCUUGUAUGGUCAGAAGAAGCUUUCGCCCGGUGGUGAUCUGCUCUUGAACUGCACACACACAAGAGCGGCUUGUAAUAGAAUAGCCGUUGCCUUGGUUGUGGGGUGACAUCCCCUUGGGAUUUACAUGUGUUAUCUUUCCAGUGACCUGACAUUUGACAGUGUUCUUCUGCCUA